AUGUCUGAUCCACAGGCGAGAGGAGCGACAAUCUAACCGACAUGUCGCGGGAAAACACGACGCGAAGCCUGGACACCAUCGACCUCGCUGCUUUACGCGACCCUGCUGGGAUCUUUGAGCUGGUGGAGGUGGUUGGAAAUGGCACCUACGGACAGGUCUAUAAGGGUCGCCAUGUCAAGACAGGUCAGCUGGCAGCGAUCAAAGUCAUGGAAGUCACAGAGGAGGAAGAGGAGGAGAUCAAAUUGGAGAUCAACAUGUUAAAGAGUUACUCACAUCACAGAAACAUUGCCACAUACUAUGGAGCCUUCAUCAAGAAGAACCCAGGAACUGACCACCAGCUCUGGCUUGUGAUGGAGUACUGUGGCGCUGGCUCAGUCACAGAUUUGGUGAAGAAAACCAAAGGCAACUGUCUGAAGGAGGACUGGAUCUCCUACAUCUGCAGAGAGGUGCUACGGGGGCUGUCCCAUCUCCACUCUCACCACGUGAUCCACAGAGACAUUAAGGGUCAAAACGUUCUGCUGACGGAGAACGCAGAGGUCAAACUUGUGGACUUUGGUGUGUCGGCUCAGCUGGACAGAACUGUAGGCAGGAGGAACACGUUCAUUGGGACACCAUAUUGGAUGGCGCCUGAAGUCAUUGCGUGUGACGAGAACCCAGAGGCCACGUAUGACUAUAGGAGUGACCUGUGGUCUUUGGGCAUCACUGCUUUGGAGAUGGCAGAAGGAGCUCCUCCCCUGUGUGACAUGCAUCCAAUGAGAGCGCUAUUCCUCAUCCCCCGAAACCCCCCUCCCAAACUCAAGUCCAAGAAAUGGUCCAAGCGGUUUCUUUCAUUUGUGGACAGUUGUUUAGUUAAAAACCACCUGCACCGCCCCACGACUGAGGCCCUGCUAAGACACGCCUUCAUCCGAGAUCUGACUAAUGAGAGACAAGUACGCAUCAUGCUCAAAGACCAUCUGGACCGCACACGCAAGAAGAAGGAGAAAGAGGGUCCAGAGUAUGAGUACAGCGGCAGUGAGGAUGAGGAGGAUGAGGUCACAGAGGAGGAAGGAGAGCCCAGUUCCAUCGUUAACGUUCCCGGAGAGUGGACUCUAAGGAGAGAGUUCCUCCGACUGCAGAUCGAGGACCGAAACAGAGGAGGAGACGCCCCAGGGCAGCUACGACCACAGGUGCAGAGACAGGAUCAAGAGAGAUACAAACUGCAAUUGGCCUCAGAGAGAGAGAAGAGGCUCCAGCAGCAGCAGGAGCACAGGCACAGGAUACAAGAGCAGCAGAGACGACAGCUCCAGGACUCGGGGUUCCAGUGGGCGGAGCUACAGGAAAUUCUGCUCCAGGACCAGGAUCUAGGACCAAACCAGAACCGGGCUGAGCCAAAACCGGACCAGCUUAACCGGAACUGUGACUGGAGACAGGACAGAGACCGGCAGAGGAACGGAGAUGUGCUGGUGAAACCGCUGGACUCAGCAGCCGAGCAGAGAUGUGCUCAGCUCCAGCCUCCUCCCCAGGGCAAAGCGCAGCCUCUAUCGCAGCACCAGCAGCCUUCAGCGGGCAGGCGAUCCCACCGCACCCUGCCUAAGGACCAGACCACCCUACUCUCCCUCCAACACGACCACAAAGACCGCGGGAAGGACCAGAGCCACACCAAGAACCAGACCAGGACCCGAGACCAGAUCCGAGAACAGACCCGAGAACAGACCCGAGACCAGACCCGAGACCAGACCAGAGACCAGAACCGAGACCAGACCCGAGACCAGAACCGAGACCAGAACCGAGACCAGACUAGAGACCAGGCCAGAAACCAGACCAGAGAUCAGACCCGGACUAAGGAUCUAAACCCAAGGACCUCUCCUCCUGUGCCCAGUGCUCCAGCCCUGCCUCUGGCUCGCUCUCUCAACCACCAACGCUUAGUGAUGGACCUCCAGGAGUCCCAGCUGGCCCGGGCCAUCAUGUCCUCUGCUCUGCCCAGUCAGGUGCACUCAAGGUUGGGGUCAGGGAGCAGCUCCAGUCCCUGUACCCCUGCCAUGCAGAGAGCUCACCUCAACCAGAAUGCUAACCUGCGCUCCAGUCGAGAGUCCGCCCACAGCAGCUCUCUGUCCGACAUGGCUCUCACUCUCUCCCCUUUGUCUCCAUUCACUCCUCGAACACCCACUGACAACGUGUUCUGGGAGCCCCCCGAGAUGCCCCCCAAGGUCCCAGAGCGAACUACCUCAAAGUUUUACUGCAAAGAACUGAUCAAGAGACACAACAGGACACCCUCCAGUGGCAGCCCAGUGUCACCGGUUGAUAACAGUGGGAGGUCUCAUGGAAGUCCCUUAUUGAACAACAAUCACCCAGGUUACUUCAGGCUGGAGAGUCCUUUGUUACAGCACAGACCACUGAACCUCAGACCCUCACAACAUUCACAGGGAGUGAAGUCAGCCCAGAGUCGUUUGAACAAAGCCACAGAAUACUCCUCGUCCAGUGAUGAAGUUUGCAGCAGUGAUGAAGAGGAGAGGAGCAGAUCUGGUUUGUCGAAUGGAAAAGGGAAGAAUUUGAAAGGUGUCCCCAACGGCAUCAAACUGGAGCCUCCACACAACCUGAACCAACUCUCCCCGCCUCUCUCUCACAAAAUGCCCCGAGUGACCUCAGAUGACCCAACCUACAUGCUCCCUGACCUCCUACAAAAGACCUCCUCCAGCCCAACCCACAAUGCACCAGGGCAGAUAGGAAUGAGCUACUGUCAGUCCCCCACAGCAACUCGGCCUCCUACGCACCAUGACAGAGAUGAGAUCCAGAGUCCAGGCUCAUCCUCCUCGUUCCUGUCCUUUAUUGACCCCAGACUUCUCCACAUCUCCUCCCCUCCCCACAGCCCCACGGGUGUUAAAGGGGAGGCACUGAGGAGAGAGGGCCACAGAAAAGGCUCUGUCGUCAACGUGAACCCGACGAAUAUUAAACCACAGAGUGACACUCCCGAGAUCAGGAAAUAUAAGAAGAAAUUCAACACCGAGGUGUUGUGUGCUGGACUGUGGGGGGUGAACCUGUUGGUGGGCACAGAGAACGGCUUGUGGCUCUUGGACAGGAGUGGGCAGGGGAAAGUCUACUCUCUUAUCAGCAGAAGAAGAUUUCAGCAGAUGGACGUUCUAGAGGGACUCAACGUCCUUAUCACCAUCUCAGGUAAAAAGAACAAGCUGCGCCUGUACUACCUGUCGUGGUUGAGGAAUAAGAUCCUCCACAAUGACCCAGAGGUGGAGAAGAGACAAGGCUGGAGCUCUGUGGGGGAGCUGGAGGGCUGUGGACACUACAAAGUUGUCCGAUAUGAGAAGAUCAAGUUCCUGGUGAUUGCUCUGAAGAACGCUGUGGAGGUUUACGCCUGGGCCCCAAAACCUUACCACAAGUUCAUGGCCUUCAAGUCUUUCCGGUCGCUGCCUCAUAAGCCCCUGUCUGUGGACCUGACUGUGGAGGAGGGUCAAAGGUUAAAGGUCAUUUAUGGCUCAGUGUCGGGUUUCCAUGCCAUUGACGUGGACUCCGGAACACCCUAUGACCUCUACCUGCCAACGCAUAUCCCUGGUAGUAUCCGGCCGCAUGCCAUCGUCCUCCUCCCUCAGACUGCAGGCACAGAGCUGUUGGUCUGUUACGAAGAUGAAGGCGUUUACAUCGACACAUUUGGGAGAAUCACCAAAGACACGGUGCUGCAGUGGGGAGAGAUGCCUGCCUCUGUGGCAUACCUGCAGUCCAACCAGGUGAUGGGUUGGGGAGAGAAGGCCAUCGAGCUGCGCUCUGCUAACACUGGAAGUCUGGAAGGAGUCUUCAUGCACAAAAAGGCUCAGAAACUCAAGUUCCUCUGUGAGAGAAAUGACAAGGUUUUCUUUGCAUCAGUGCAGUCGGGUGGUAGCAGUCAGAUCUACUUUAUGACUCUUGGACACAACUCACUCUUCAACUGGUGAUCUUCUCUGUGUUCUCCUCUGUCUGUAUACUCUAUUAUAAUAUAUGGGAGGACAAACCCGUGUAAACCACCCUGUCUGGAGACACACAAACCUGUCUACCACUCCAAACCUCCAUAAGAAUACAUGAGACUGGAGACAACAACAGGUCCAUAUGAACUGUCUCUUCAGCUGGUGAUCUCCUCUGUUCUGUCUAAAGUACAAUAUACAACAUGGAGGGAGCACAAACCCAUGUAAACCAUCCAGUUUGGAGACAAUACAAAGUUGUACACCACCUCCAUUAGAAUACAUGAGACUGGAAACAACAACAGGCCCAUAUGAAAUGUCUCUUCAACUUGUGAUUUCCUCCUCUGCAUUCCUCUAUACUCCAUUAUAACCCAUGGGUGGACCAGAUAUACAUGUAAACCAUCCAGCCUGGGGACAAUAGAAACCUGUACCCCACUCCAAACCUUCACACGAGACUGGAGACCACAAGAAGUCCAUUUCAGCUCUCUCCUCAGCUGGUAAUCCAUAGUAAAACAUGGAAGGAUCACAUUCUGCAUAUAAACCAUCAAGAGUGGAGACAAUAGAAACCUAUACAUUGCUCCAAACCUCUAUUAGAAUACAUGAGACUGGAGAGAAUAACAGGUGCAUAUGAACUGUCUCUUCAGCUGGUGAUUUCCUCCCAUAUAUUGUCUAUAGUCCAAUAUAACACAUGGGAGGACAACAAAGCCAUGUAAACCAUCCAGACUGGAGACAAGAAAAGCCUGUACACCACUUCUAACCUCUGCAUGAGACUGGAGACAACAAAAAGUUAAUUUCAACUCUCUCCUCAGCUGGUAGCGCUUUAUAAUAUAUAGUAAAGCAUGGGAGGAUCACAUUCUGCAUAUAAACCAUCUUGAUUGGAGACAAUAGAAACUUGUACACAGUUCCAAACCUCCAUAAGAAUAUGCAAGACUGAAGACGAGUCCAAAUGAACUCUCUCAUCUGCAGGCAGUGCUCUAUACUUAAUUACAAUGCAUGGAAGAACUGCAUUCUCCGUAGGAACCAUUCAGUCUCGAGACAUUAUGAUCUUGUACACCUUAUUAUAAGAAUACAUGAGACUGGAAAAUACUGAUAUACCUGAUUCACUGCGCUAAACUAUACUAUGCACUAUACAAAGCAUUUAAACUUGAAGUGGGACCAACCAUUUUCACCAAUCUCCCAGUACAAUCCAAGGAUUGUAUUUUAAAGGUGCACUGUGUAACUUUUCUGGUUUAGAGUAUAUCACCUGCUCAUCUCCUUUUAGAUGUUAUAGUCUUGAUCGGAAUGUUCCACAGUAUGGCAACUUUUUUGUACUUAUCUAAGUACAGUGUUUUUAUUCCUAAAAUAACCAGCAUGUUUUCUGUCAGAAGGAUUGCCUCUCCACUUAUUUUACCUGUAACUUUGCCUGGUAGCCUCGUCUGCUUGUCUCUAUGGAAAUAGAGGAGUUGAAUGCUAUACUGUGGGACAUUCCAAGCAAGGCAAUGACCCCUCUAUGGACAAAAGUUACAUAGACCAUCUUUAAAGCCUUGAAGAACUGUAUAGUUUGAACAGCCUAUGCUUAAAGCUGUUUUUUUUGUGACAUGGUUAGUUCUGCUUCUCGCCAAGAAGAACUUGAACGUUCAAUCAAGAAAUUCUAUCAAGAUAUUUGCAAAUCUUGAGAUUCCGGAAAAGAGGAGAUAAGGAACUGGCUUCAAACAAUUCAGUAAAAAUCAGCUUGUUAUGUUUUGUUGGUCGAUGAAAGGUCUGCAAAUAUACAGAGAAAAAAGUCGUCCAUUUUGUGUUGGUUUGUGAACAUGGGACAAUAUUAUAUACUCGACAAAAACUGAAUAAUGUCUUUAUGGAGGAAGUUCAAUGCAAUGGACAUGACUUGAAAGCAUUUAAAUCAGUAUUACAAUGUUAUAUGCACUAGAUAUUUUAGAGUUACCAUUUUUAUAAGACAAAGAAGCAAUGCAUGGCUUUGGGUUUAAAGGUCAUGUUUAAUAAAUCCUAUUAUGCAAUGUAUUUAGAGAUAUAAAACAAUCCAACAGAUCAUUUACAGUGUCCUUUGAUAAUAUCAGUGGUGACUUUAGUAAAUUUGAACAAAAAGCUUUUAUGUAAACAAAAUACAGUGAGGGAGUUUUCCUGUCUAUACCUGGGGGGUAAAGAACAAGUUCUGGUUCUCGCCCCAGUUUAUUCACGGUUUAUAUUUAUAUUGGUUUAGACCCAGGUUUCUCCUGGUUUAGUCCUGGUUUAGUUCCUGAUUUAGUCCCUGAUUUAGUCCUGUUUUAGUCCCUGGUUUAAACCUGGUUUAGUCUCUGGGUUAGUCUUGGUUUAGAACUGGUGGACCUUGUUCACCACAGACGUGAUCAGAAUUUCUAGCAUUAUUAGAGGGAACGUUUUUACUCAAUUGAAUAAAUCAAAAACAGAUCCAUAAAAAAUAUGC